CUCUAAAUUAACUGCACAGAUUUUAAAGAACGGUCAAUUUUCACAUUUGUCUUCACAUCAUAAGAACAAUGGCGAAGGAAAAGGUUUGCCUCGCCUACUCCGGCGGUUUGGAUACCUCUAUCAUUCUCGCAUGGCUCAUUGAGCAGGGUUAUGAGGUUGUCUGCUUUUCGGCCGAUGUUGGUCAGAAUGAGGACUGGAAGGCCGCCGAGCAAAAGGCUUUGAAGAUCGGUGCCACGAAGCUUGUCGUUGAAGACUUGCAGCGGGAGUUUGUUGAUGAGAUCCUGUGGCGUGCGGUCCAAUGUAACGCCAUUUGGGAAGACCGAUACCUUUUGGGCACUUCCUUGGCUAGACCCGUCAUCGCUCGAGCUCAGAUGAGAGUCGCUCAGAGAGAAGGAUGCGUGGCUGUUAGCCACGGUUGCACCGGCAAGGGAAAUGACCAGGUUCGGUUUGAAUUGGCAUUCUACGCUAUUCAGCCUUCGAUCAGAGUCAUUGCUCCUUGGAGACUUCCCGAGUUCUUCAACCGGUUUGCCGGACGAAACGACCUCCUCGACUAUGCUGCAAAGAUGGACAUUCCUGUAACCUCCACCAAGGCCAAGCCCUGGAGUAUGGACGAGAACCUGGCCCACUGCUCUUAUGAGGCAGGCAUCCUGGAGGAUCCUGACCACACCCCUCCGGAGGAUAUGUGGAAGAUGACCGACUCUCCUCUUAAAGCUCCCGACACCCCCGAGGACUUUACCAUCGCUUUCAGCCAAGGCUUGCCAAGCAAGCUUGUUCUUCCUUCCGGCAAGACUGUUACCGACUCGGUGGAGAUUUUCCUUGCGCUCAAUGCUCUUGGUCGUAAGCACGGAGUUGGCCGUAUUGACAUUGUCGAGAACCGUUACAUUGGUCUCAAGAGCCGUGGAUGCUACGACUCCCCUACUAUGACCAUCCUUCGUCUGGCCCAUUUGGACUUGGAAGGUCUGGUGAUGGACCGUGAGGUUCGUGCUCUUCGCGACCAGUUUGUCACUUUCACCUGGUCUAAGCUUCUGUACAAUGGUCUGUACUUCUCGCCUGAACGUGAGUUCAUCGAGAAGAGCAUCGUUGCCAGCCAGGACCGCGUCAAUGGCAGUGUGCGGUUGCGGGUUUACAAGGGCAGCGCCAGUGUUCUUGGCAGAAGCAGUGACACGGAGAAGUUGUACAGCGCUGAGGAGAGCAGCAUGGACACCCUGGAAGACUUCAGCCCUGUCGAUACCACCGGUUUCAUUGGUAUUCAGGCCAUCAGACUGAAGAAAUACGGUCUGAUGAAGGAGGAGUCUGGUGAGAAGCUGAGCAGAGCCUAAGCGAAUGGCGUAUCAUGGGAAUAAAUUUCUCCUCGGUUUUAUUUUCUAAUGGGCUUCAUGAUUCGGCAAGAAAAAAAAAAUCUGUUACAUACCUUGUUUCACGUUAAAAUAAUCGGCUAGAGAAAUCACAGUCCUCACAUAUUCAAAGC